AUGUCUGCAGUCAUGGGCCCUUUCCUUCAACAACUCCAGACCCUCCCUGCACGUUCAAGACAGGGUCUGAACAACCUGCGCCAGCGUGUCUUCCAGCAGGGAGAGAGACAACCCAAGGAAGCCAACUUCCUGCGAACCUCCUUCGCUGUCCACCGUCCAGUCUGGAUUACCGCUGCAGGCGGAAUGUACACCAGUGCGGCGGCUGUGCUUCUCACUAUGCGAUACCUGAAGCGUGUUGCUAGGUAG